UUACCUCUCUAACAAAAUCACAAGCCAAUCAAUAUAAAAAUUGUACUUGGCACCAAAUGGAACACUGUCCGAGUAAAAGCCGGUAGUUUUAUUUAUUUAUUUAUUGUAUUUGUGCUUUUAGGAUUUGAGUAGUUAUUUCAGAAUUGAUUUGGAAAUUGGGGGCAGACUCCUACUUGUGUGCAAGUGAGUAAAGGAGUGGUAAUAAAAUUUGCUUGCGAUAUGUUCUUGCAUGAUAUAUCUCGAUUGAGUCUCCGUCUCCCAUUUCACUGCAUUGAACUUGUACCAGGCUUAAUAUUGGAAGGCUUGUGUUUCAGAACCAUUUCUUCGAUGCCGUCAAGUAAAUUAAAAUCUAAUGAUUUCAAACCACGCAUUCGGCUUUCAUUUGUGCUUAGGACCGUCACUAGCUUUUCGUGGAACGCAACAUCUGACAGUAUCGUAAACGUUCAGUUUUCAUGUUGGACAUUUCAGGCCCAAAGGACAGUGACGUCAAUACAACGUUUUCAUUAUUGUGAACUGUUUAGUUACCACAAUUUGUGGACAAUAUGCAGGCACGAAGCACCAAAACCAAGGAGAGUGAAAGGGAAAACGAUUGGUUCACAAUGUAAAUAUAUCUAGUGUUGUUUUGGAAUCCUUUUCAUCUUCAUUUCUGAGAGUCUGGUGGUGUAAUUGAACCACAAGUGUCAAUCCGGAGAAGUCGCUUUCACGUCUGGGAUGAUUUUUUUCUUUUUCCUGACCGAUGGGUCAUUUAUGAAGUAGCUAUAACAAACUGUGGACGAUAUGCCCACAAGCCGCACCCAAAAGAAGGUCCUUUUCUUCAGUUUUUUCUUUUUUUGUGUGGCCGGGUCGUUUGUCCUUUUAUCGAUGUGUGGAACGAAAGAAAAAGUACAUCACGCAGACAAGAAAUCGGAUGGGCACGUGAAGCCCACCGGGAGUACCACGUGAAAGGCACACUUUUCAUUGGAAUGGAAAUGGGGUCUCUGUCCCUGAGAUUGUGAAUUUGACAUGAUGUUUGAGGGGAUGUAGAUCCAAUGUACGUUAAAAUGUCAUACAUUCGUCCACGUGGGUAUGUUUAAAUGUAGAUUGCUCUUUUUUUUUUCCUACUUUGUUUAAUAAAUCCUGAUAAGUGGGUAAUGGAACAGUAUUUUUUAGUCAUGUCCUAAUCAUAGGUACGACAAGAUAGCUAUAACGAUGAACAUUUCACCACUCCAUCAUUCUGUAGUUUGUAGUUUUGUGGAACACAAUAGGGGAGGAUAAUAGUGGGUUUCAUGGCUGAAUCCACUUCCCGUGCCUAUCGCUUUGGUUUCGCAUCAAUAUGUUUCAAAGUGGUUGUGAUUAAAAAGGUUUGGUCUACAUUCAGAACAGUCUCCAGUAAAUGGUCUUCAAGCUUUUCCUGCCUGUCAAAAAUCAAAUAUCUAGAGUACCUGCCGAGGGCCGAGUUGGUACGAUUAGAGAAGCAAGUUAUAAAGCUCAAGCCUGAGAGGACAUGCUUGAAUCAACACGACCAAGGAUGACAUGCCGUUUACCAACUCUAGCUCCCAUGUUUGAGGAUGACUGUGUGGAGUUGGUGUGGGAAGAUGGUCAGAUUCUUAUGCGAGGGCGAUCAGGUAGAGCUCAAAAGGGUCAUUCUUGCACUGGUUAUUCGUUAUCCUCCUCCAAUGCUCAGGCAGAAAAUGGAGAAAAUAUGCACACAAAGAAAGCAAGGCUGGAGACCAUUUGUUCCACUCUGAAUGACACUGCUUUCUUAGGUAUCUUAGGUCGCAGGGAUUCUGAUCUCAACUCUACCAAUAAUAAUAAUUCUUCACAAACUGGUUAUCAUCUUGAAUCAUUGCCCCAAUUAUAUAAAUUCAAUUGGGAAGACAACAAAGGCAAGAGCGAGGACAAGAACUCUAAACAUUCCAAACCUUUCCAAGAACCGGAGCUUGCUACCUUUGCGUAUUCCCGAGCAUCAGAAACAGUUUUAGGACCAAAACUGAACUCAAGCAAGACCUUAUUGCCAAUGGGUACUGAACAGCUCACAUCAACCUUACCGGAGAGUGAUUCUCAGCCUGAUAAGAAAUAUGGAGCAGUGAAAAUCUCUUGCUCACGAUCUGCAGCUAUUCUCAAAGCUAAUAGUCAGAGCAGUGGUGUGACAAGGCCAACAAGUAGUCUGGUUUUUACAGGAGUUCAGGAGACGAAAGGUGGCAACGAUGAGAGGCCUCCUCCUCUGGGUGGUAGAAACGCUCUUGAAUCAACAGUGAUUGAACGGGCUACUGCUUCAAAAAGUGAAACAGGUAUUCAGAAUCAAGCAGAAGCAGAGCUUCUACCCCCUGUUGCCAAGACAAAGGAGUCACUCCCUCGUGAGCACCCUGAAGCUUUUGGAAACCAAACCUCGAGCAUAGCAGAAAAUACACGAAAAGGAAAGACCGAUGGGAAGAUUUUAACUAAGCCACCCGUUACAUCUUCUUCAGUAUGCUCACUUGGAGCUUCGAAUGAUCCAACAUAUUCUUUGAGGAGGACGUACGAGGAAACUGAGUCGUCGGCAGGUCCAAGUGAGAAUGUUGAAGAACCGCAGGGUUUAAGAAAACAGGCGCCUGGUCGUAGCUGUACUGGUGGCAAGAGAAGCCGAACUGCGGAAGUUCAUAAUUUGUCUGAAAGGAGGCGAAGAGACAAAAUUAACAAAAGGAUGCGUGUAUUAAAAGAACUCAUACCGAAUUGCAAUAAGGUGGAUAAAGCUUCAAUGCUUGACGAGGCCAUUGAGUAUCUGAAAACCCUACAGCUUCAACUACAGGCAGAUUAUGUCGAUGGGAAAUGGCGUUUGUAUGCAUCCGAUGAUGUUACCUACAGCAAUGCAACAUAUCAAUGCAGCACAUUUGACACAUUUCUCUGCCAUGGGUGCUGGGAUGGGUAUGAGAAUGGGCAUGGGAAUGGGUUGCAGCCCAGUACAAUUCUCUACUUCACAAGUAGGAGCCAAUGCUCUGCCUGGGAUUACAGGAACUAGCUUUCAAAUGCUUGGAUUUCCUGGUCAAGCAUUUCCCAUGCCAGUUUCACACCCAUCCUUCAUUCCGUCGCUUGGAAGCCAACCUAUCCAAUCAGUUCUAGCACAUGGCAUCUCUGGAGCCUCCCCACUUGUAGAACAU